AGGAGGGGAGGCAAAACCCCAGAUCCUCCUCUCCUGCCAGCGCUGAGACAGCACCGCUGGAGGCAGGCGGGCAGGGAGCGGCGCGGGGUCCCGGCUGGUACUUCUGCUGGCCGACAGUGCUGGAGGAGCUGGAAUAGAGGGUGUGGGAGCCGGCAGAGGCUGCCCCGAGCAGAGGGAGCAGUGGGAAGCCAGGCAGGAGCAGGAGCAGGAGGAGGAGGAUGUCGGCGCUCAGCGCACUGCCCUUCCUGAAGCCGGUCCACCUGCGGUCGCCCCGCAGCUCGCCCGGGGGCCAGCGCCGGCACACGCUGCCCGCCAGCGAGUUCCGCUGCCUCAGCCCCGAGGACGCCGUCAGCGUGUUCGAGAUCGAGCGCGAAGCCUUUAUAUCGGUUUCUGGGGACUGUCCCCUGCACCUGGAUGAGAUCCGCCACUUUCUGAACCUGUGCCCGGAGCUGUCCCUCGGCUGGUUCGAGGAGGGGCGGCUCGUGGCAUUCAUCAUCGGCUCCCUCUGGGACCAGGAGAGGCUCAGCCAGGCAGCGCUGACCCUGCACAAGCCGCAGGGCACAUCCGUGCACAUCCACGUGCUGGCCGUGCACCGCAGCGUCCGCCAGCAGGGCAAGGGCUCCAUCCUGAUGUGGCGCUACCUGCAGUACCUGCGCUGCCUGCCCGCCGCCCGCCGCGCCCUGCUCAUGUGCGAGCCUUUCCUCGUGCCCUUCUACCAGAAGUGCGGCUUCGAGGCGCUGGGGCCCUGCCAGGUGGCGGUGGGGGACCUGGCCUUCGUGGAGAUGCAGCACCCCGUGCGGGGUCACGCCUUCAUGCGCAGGAACAGCGGCUGCUGAGGCCGCUCUGCUCCGGCCGGCCCCGGGGGGAUGAGAGGCUGCAACCCCUCCCCAUCCCCACCGCCGCCAUCCAUCUUCCCCGGCCGGCCCUGGCUACGGCUGCUCCCUCUGCCACCUCUGCCUUCCGGCCACAGCAACCUGGCCCCAUCCCAUCCCUGCGGGGCUGGGCACAGAAAUUCCUGCCAGAUCCUGCUGGAAGCAUCAGCUCAGUGGGCUCUGCUUUAGCCAGGGCUGCGCUGGCAGGUCUGGGUGGGCUGCAGGGAUGGAAAGGCUCUGCCCCGGCAGUGGCUGGGGGCUCUGCUGGUUUCAGGGUGUUUCCACCCGCAGCAGUUUGCUGAGACACCCGGCAGAGCCCCUCCCACCAUCACCACCACCACGAGGGGAGCACACCAUGGCCAAGCCCUCCCUGAGCAGCCCCCAGACCAGGCAGGGGCCCCGACAGCCACCCCCCUGCCCACAGCCAUCCUUCCAGACCCCUUGGAGCACAUUCCCAGCCAUGGCCAUCCUCAGCCGCACACUGCAGAGUCCCCCCAGGGAAAGAGUACAAACCUCCUUGUCCCAGACCCACACCCGGCCCAG